AUCAACCGGACGCUUCCAAUUAAAGGGGAAACGUGACGCGAAUAUACCGCCGCUUCGGCCCUCAAUUUGCAAACGCGGCCGUUGUGAGCAUCCGGGGCGCAGGGCGGCGUCGCCGGCUUUCCGCUCGUGGCACGCCGGGCGCCGUUUGAUUGCCGGGGCGAACUGAUGUGGCGCACGUCGCAUGGCGUUGGGACAGCAAAGGAAUAUCUUCAGACAUGUCGGUGAGGGAGUCCUUCAAUCCCGAAAGCUACGAGCUGGACAAGAACUUCCGGCUCACGCGCUUCGCGGAGCUCAAGGGAACGGGUUGCAAGUCGCCGUAUAUGUCGCAGGUGCCCCAAGAGGUUUUACAGAAGCUUUUAGAGAACUUGCAGGAGAACCACUACCAAGAAGAUGAACAGUUCCUGGGUGCCGUCAUGCCUCGAUUAGGCAUCGGCAUGGACACCUGCGUGAUCCCGCUACGACACGGAGGACUGUCGCUCGUCCAGACCACAGACUACAUCUACCCGAUAGUGGACGACCCCUACAUGAUGGGUCGCAUCGCCUGCGCAAACGUUCUCAGCGACCUGUACGCGAUGGGGGUGACGGAGUGCGACAACAUGUUGAUGCUGCUCGGCGUCAGCAACAAAAUGUCGGACAAGGAGAGGGACAAAGUCAUGCCUCUCGUCAUGCAGGGCUUCAAAGACGCGGCGGAGGAGGCGGGCACGUCCGUGACGGGAGGACAGACGGUGCUCAACCCUUGGGUGGUCUUGGGCGGCGUCGCCACCACCGUGUGCCAGCCCAACGAAUUCAUCAUGCCAGACAACGCGGUGCCGGGAGACGUCCUGGUGCUGACCAAGCCGCUGGGGACGCAGGUGGCCGUGGCCGUGCACCAGUGGCUGGACAUCCCGGAGAAGUGGAACAAGAUUAAGUUGGUGGUCACGCAGGAAGACGUCGAGCUGGCCUACCACGAAGCCAUGAUGAACAUGGCCCGACUCAACAGGACGGCCGCCAGCCUCAUGCACACGUUCAACGCGCACGCCGCCACCGACAUCACGGGCUUCGGCAUCCUGGGCCACGCCCAGACGCUGGCCAAGCAACAGCGCAGCGAGGUGUCCUUCGUCAUCCACAACCUGCCCGUGCUCGCCAAGAUGGCCGCCGUGUCCAAGGCGUGCGGCAACAUGUUCGGCCUCAUGCACGGCACCUGCCCCGAGACGUCAGGGGGGCUUCUCAUCUGCCUGCCCCGCGAGCAGGCGGCCCGCUUCUGCGCCGAGAUCAAGUCGCCCAAGUACGGCGAGGGCCACCAGGCGUGGAUCAUCGGCAUCGUGGAGAAGGGCAACCGCACGGCGCGCAUCAUCGACAAGCCGCGGAUCAUCGAGGUGGCGCCGCAGGCCGCCGCGCAGAGCGUCAACCCCACGCCCGGCGCCACCUCUUAAUCCCCGCCGUCCGACGGUGAUUUUUAAACUCGCGCAACUUCAGAAUCAUGUUACGAGUGUCCACUAGUUUAAAGCAACGGGCUGGGGUGUACGUGACAAACAGCCCCACCCAGUGGCCCCAGGCGGGAUCGCGCCAACUCUAUGGACUCCCAUCAUUGAAAUGAAAAAAUGCUCACGUUUGCCUUUUGUUUUUGUUUUUUUUUUUUUUUUUUUUUUUUUGCUUUUUCAUCCUCUGAAAAUGACAGAAGACAACAGUUCGAUACUGCUGAUCGAUCGUCACACAUCCUGGCUCGUCAUUCUUGUCAGGACUUUUUGCCGUCGUCCGGCAGGCGGGCCCAAGUCUCGUUUCGUUUGUCCACGUUUGUACAGUUUAAAAAAAAAAAAAACUUUUGUCGCUGUAACUGAUGCCUUGAAAGAAAGCGUUAGCGGAAUUUUUUUUCUUUUGACUUUUUGUAUUGACCCCAUCGGAAUGAAUAAAUACUCAAAAUACA